AUGUCGACUUCAAAGAUGUUAACCUUGAGGAGUUCUGAUGGAACUUCUUUUGAUGUUGAAGAAGUUGUUGCUCUUCAAUCUCUAACCAUUAAGCAUAUGAUUGAAGACGAUUGUGCUGAUAACGGGAUUCCUUUACCCAAUGUAGCAGGCAAUACUUUGGCUAAAGUUCUUGAAUAUUGCAAGAAACAUGUUGAUGAUAUUCCUAAAAAGGAUGAUGGUAAAGCUGAGGAUCCAGAGCUUCAGAAAUGGGACGCGGAGUUUCUUAAAGUCGAUCAAGCUACAUUAUUUGAUCUUAUUUUGGCUGCAAAUUAUCUGGAUAUUAAGCACUUGCUAAAUCUGACUUGCCAGGAAGUUGCAGAUAUGAUCAAGGGAAAGACACCGGAGGAGAUCCGCCAGACGUUCAACAUCGAGAAUGACUUCAUCAAAGAGGAAGAGGAGGAAGUCAGGAGGCAGAACCAGUGGGCUUUCGAAUGA